CCUUACAAUAUAUAUGUGUGGUGUAAUAUUAAGCCACCGUGACAUUUCGUAGGAUAUAAUUUACAAUGUAUAAACUUGGACAAAGAGUUUCCACUCUUCACUCCAACGCCACUGCGAAGAAAAAGAAGAGAAACAAAAAUGGGGUCUACACCUACAGAUGAAACUGAUAAUAGGAUGCAUGAGCUCAAAGCUUUUGAUGAGACAAAAGCAGGUGUUAAAGGUCUUGUUGAUGAAGGUGUUCUCAAAAUCCCAACCAUAUUUCAUCACCCACCUGAUAAGUUUUCAAACUCCACAAAUUCAACCAACACACAACACAUCAUUCCUGUUAUAGACUUUACAACUACAAGACAAGAUAUUAUAAACAAAAUAAAGGAAGCUUCUGAGACAUGGGGUUUCUUUCAAGUGGUUAAUCAUGGCAUUCCUUUGAAUGUUCUCGAGGAUAUGAAAGAUGGUGUAGUUAGAUUCUUUGAACAAGAUACUGAAGUCAAGAAAAAGAUGUAUACUAGAGAUCAAACAAAACCAUUGGUUUAUAAUAGUAAUUUUGAAAUGUAUAGUUCACCAGCACUUAAUUGGAGGGAUACUUUUGUAUGUAGUGUUGCUCCUAAUCCUCCAAAACCAGAAGAUUUGCCAGUAGUGUGCAGGGAUAUAGUUCUAGAAUAUGGAGCACAUGUAGAGAAACUUGGAAUCACACUCUUUGAAUUACUAUCAGAAGCUCUUGGAUUGAAUCCAAACCAUUUAAAAGACAUGGAUUGUUCUAAGUGGAUUAUGUUACUUGGUCAUUACUAUCCUUCAUGUCCUGAACCAGAAUUAACUAUGGGAACCACUAAACACUCUGAUGGUAGUUUUCUCACUGUGCUUCUCCAAGAUCAUAUUGGUGGCCUUCAAAUUCUUUAUCAGGAUAGCUGGAUUGAUGUACCUCCAAUACCUGAGGCUCUUGUUGUUAAUAUUGGUGAUCUUUUGCAGCUUGUAACAAAUGAUAGGUUCAAGAGUGUUGAACAUAGAGUGCUAGCAAAUACCAUUGGUCCAAGAGUAUCUGUUGCAUGCUUUCUUAGGGGACAAGAAAAGCUUUAUGGACCAAUAAAAGAAUUAUUAUCAAAAGACAAUCCUCCCAAAUACAGAGAAACCACUUUUACAGAUUAUGUGGCUUACUACAAUGCAAAAGGACUUGAUGGUAGUUCUGCUCUUCAGCAUUUCAAGAUUUAAGUUGGAUAUAUAAUGUGGAAUAAGCUGGUUUGUUUAGCAUGAUAAAUGAAUAAGCUUAUAUAAUUUGGAAAACAGUAACAACUUUCAAUAUGAUUGUAGAACUUACUUUUGGAUUUGAGUUUGUGUUAUGCCUAUACUUUGCAACACAUAUUUUGCUAAGUAAAUAUCUGAUUUUGUUCUGGUA